AUGGGUGGCAUAGUUUGGCUACUUUGUUGUGAUUUUGCAGUCUUUUUGACAACAAGUUUAGCAUCUGCUUAUGAUAACAUUGCAUUUGGAAAGAGUGCCUGGCAACAGCAUCCAUAUGGGGAAAUUUUGUUGUUUUCUUUUUCACGUCAAGAUGUUCCUGAUUGGAAGUCGGCUACAUGGCGAAGAUCACGAUUUCCAGUUCGGUAUUAUUAUAGUACGGAACAUUGGAAAGCGUAUAAAGCAGUGGAUGGAGCAUUUACAGACCUGUCUGCUAAUGGUUAUCAAUGUACGGUAUCGGAAAAUGCAAAACAAACUGCAACUUUGUGGGUGGAUCUAGGGAGAAUACUCAGUAUACGUUAUAUUACUAUAUACUAUAGGACGGAGAAUGAGGAAUGGGAUUUCUCUAAUCAGUAUACAAAACGAUUUCUUGGAUUCUCGGUUCAUAUAUCAAACUCAACCAAUAGAGAGGAUGGGAUUCUUUGUUUUAAGGACACAAAUUACACAAGAGCUACAAUACCAAACCCUGCUAAAAUAGAAUGCUUAAAAUAUGGACGAUAUGUGAUAUAUUACAAUGAGAGAAUCCAGGGAGUUACAUACCCUGACGGAUAUUCCAAGUACGCAUUCAACGAGCUCUGUGAACUUCAAGUUUACGGAUGUCCUACCUCGGGAGUUUUUGGAGAAAACUGUAAUGUUCCCUGUCCACAGAAUUGUCAGGAGGGGCAUUGUAACAUCGUGGAUGGAACGUGUCUUGGAUGUGUUGCUGGUUACAAAGGUUCCCGAUGUGAAGAAGAAUGUGAUAAUAAUAGAUAUGGCUUUGAGUGUAAGCUGAUUUGUGGUAACUGUAGUGAUGGAGAACAAUGUGAUCACGUGAACGGAAGUUGUCCAAACGGAUGUGAUUUUGGCUCUCAAGGAGAUAUAUGUGACAAAGAAUGUCCAGUGGGACGUUUUGGCUUCAACUGCCAGGAUAUUUGCAGUAUCAAUUGUGGAGUUCCUGGUACAUGUAAUAGAGUUACAGGACAAUGUGAAGGCGGCUGUCAGAAGGGGUGGAAAGACAUGCAAUGUGACAAGAAAUGUGACCGUGGUAUGUUUGGACUAAACUGUAAUCAGUCAUGCGGGGUUUGCCUUGGAAAUGAACAGUGUCAUCAUAUUAACGAGACAUGCAUGGAUGGUUGCGACAAAGGUUACCAAGGAAUGAACUGUGCACAGGCAUGUCCGAACGGACUUCAUGGAUACAACUGCGAUGAGACAUGUAGCGCCGAUUGUUUAGUUCAAAAGAGUUGUGACGCAAUAACAGGACAGUGUAGUGCAUGUCCGAACGGACUUCAUGGAUACAACUGCGAUGAGACAUGUAGCGCCGAUUGUUUAGUUCAAAAGAGUUGUGACGCAAUAACAGGACAGUGUAGUGUCAUAUCUUCAGAUUCUGAAACGAACAGUCAGUGCUAUCCAUCUCUUUACGGAGUGGUUUCCACUCUUUGCUUAAGCUUGGCUUUAAAUAUUUUUCUCCUUAUCUGGAUUUCUAGAAAUAGAGUAUGUAAAGGAAUGUGUCAAGAAGAAAAAAGUACAAAACAGUUGUCCACAGAACACAGCAAGCCUAACACAGAGAUCUAUGAUAAAGUGGAAGACAAUGCAGGAUACCAGGAACUGGGUCAAAUAAGUCAGCCUUCUCAUUAUGAUAAAUUACAUUAGAUUGACGUGAUAAAAGUUAUCGAAUGCUAUA